AUAUGAUCCUGUGCUGAGAAACAAAAACAGUGCGCCGUGAUGUUGUCGCAAAGACCUCACGUCUCCCUAGCAACAUAGUUUACGCAUCGUAAAAAAAUCGCCAAGCAAUAAUAGGAGAAACGAUUCAUAUUGCUGCAUCCAUGUGCAGCGUAGUUGGUAUCUCGAGCGUGCUAUACAGACAUGAUUCAACAAACCUCACCCGCUGCAGAAAGCAGCCACCCAAAUCUGCGGCACGGGAUCCAGACCUCACGUACAAACGCCGCUUGUUGUGCUGAGUUUGCCCUAAAAUCUAGAAAAUUCCUAUGCAAAUCGCACCUUUGGCUGGGACCGCCCAUCACUCAUAUCCUCGUCCUCUGCAGAGAAGCACAGGCGGCGCGCAGGCCUGGCAGGUUCCUCUCCCAAGUCUCCAUUACCAUUAGGCUCGGGACUGCGCGGGCGCUUAAGACCGCCCAGAUGUGUGCCAUUCGCCAGCUCGUCCUCGAACAUCGCCGACUUCAUCUUUGUGCCCUUCGCCAUAGUCCUCUCUUCCAAAGAAGACUGGACGCCAGCAAACUUGCUGCCAAAGAUUGGCUGAGGGUGCUUCAGCGAAAUGGCCUGUGCCAAGUAAUCUUUCUGGCCCGUGGGAAGAGGUAUAAUGCCGGCGUUCAAGAUCCAGUUGUAGAUGGGCUGGUCGUCUAUGAUGGACUUGCACUUCCAGUGCUCAAACUGCGACAUGGUCUUCUUGCGCUCCAUGAUGACUUCUUCGAUGCUAUCCCGGAGUACAAGCGUCUCGACCGUCACGGGUUUCUGCUGGCUAAUGCGUCGAGCUCUGCCAAUAGCUUGGGCUUGGAUCUGGGGGUUCAGAACGGGGUUGAUGAAGUAGAUUCGCGAGGCAGCCCUCAUGUCGAGACCAAUAGCGGCCUGUGACAAGUCCAUGAGAAUGACCCUUAAUAUUUCUUAGCAUCCACGAAACAAAUGAGAGUCCGCUGAAAACUAACCUUAUCUUGGGGUCAUUGUUGAAA